AUGGCUACAACAUCUUGGCAAUUUAUUGCGAAACUCAUUUGUCUCGGUAACUCAGGCUCUGGAAAGUCCAGUCUGACGAUCCGUCUCUGCGAAGGCCGAUUUGUAUCCCACCAUGAUGUGACGAUAGGCGUGGAGUUUGGGUCGCGAGUCGUCCCCGUAGGACCACCUGCGAGUCUGGAAUAUGGCAUCAACAAUCCCGCGUCCGCCACCGAUGCAUCGGCAUUAGCAACACCAAAGACAGCAUCGCCGAACGACAUCAAGGCGGGAAAGAAGGGGGCCGAUCAACAAAAACACAUGAAGCUAUCCCUAUGGGACACGGCAGGACAAGAGACAUACCGCUCCAUCACACGAUCCUACUUCCGCGGGGCUUCCGGCGCGUUGCUCGUCUUCGACAUCACACGACGGACGACCUUUGACUCCGUGACAUCCUGGCUCCAAGAUCUGCGACAAAUAGCGGAAGACGACAUCGUGGUGGUGCUCGUGGGCAACAAAUCUGACCUCGCGCCCGCUUCCACGGUGAGCGGGGCCAGCUCGGCGCCGAACAAACGCCAGGUCACGCAGGAAGAGGCGGAAGAAUGGUGUCGGCACAACAAGGUGAUGAAGUACAUUGAGACGUCGGCCAAGAGCGGGGAGAAUGUGGAGCGGGCGUUUCUCGAGGUGGCGGAGCGGAUAUAUCAGAACAUUGAGGCGGGCAAAUACGAUUUGAAUGAUCGGAGAAGUGGCGUGAAGGGCCCUGGGGCCGGUGGAGGAAACCAGAGGACGGUGACGUUGAAGAAGGAUGAUCGAGGUGGGGGAAAGAAGGGCGGGUUUGCGAGUGGAUGUUGUUGA